CUGAGAGGAGAGCGCGCGUUCCUGGUUGUGUCGGGAGCGCGCCCAGUGCAUCUCCAUCCUCCGCCCGGCCGGGCACGUCCUGGAUCCGCGAGCAGCGGGCUGUCCCCUCGGGAUAUUCACCUCUCGGCUCCUCCGGCUCCUCCGCUGCCCCCCGGCCCCGGGACACACCCACACACGGACUGGCACGGGCCCGACAACAUGGCGGAGAGGCUGGAAUGGGUGGAGAUCAUAGAGCCUCGCACGCGGGAGUGUAUGUACGCCAACCUCAUCACUGGAGAAUGUGUUUGGGACCCCCCGCCGGGAGUCCGGAUAAAAAGGACCAAUGAAAACCAGUGGUGGGAGCUGUUUGACCCAAACACGUCUCGGUUCUACUAUUACAAUGCCAGCACUCAGAGGACUGUGUGGCACCGGCCGCAGAACUGUGACAUUAUCCCUCUGGCCAAACUGCAGACCCUGAAACAGAACACGGAUUCCCCCCGAGCAUCGACCGAGAACAGCCCCGGGCGGGGCAGCAAUAUUAGCAGGGAGGGCAGCACGAGCUCCUCUCUGGAGCAGGAAGUGGAGGGCGGAGGAGAGAGAUGCGCAGAUCAGGCCAAAGCCAAUUGCCAUUCGGCGCCAUACUUUGUGGUGAAAGAGGAGACAGACCGGACAUCAUCGCUGAGGUGGAAUUCGGGGACCAAAGAAAGAAUGUUGAUUAAAGUGACAGACCGUGAGCCCAGUUUCCUGAUGCAACAAGGCAAUGGCUACACUAUAGACAACCCACAAGGGACCCGUUCCAGGAAGGUCUCAGGAGGGCAGCCGUCUCCCAUUAUCCACACCUUCUCUGCUGAUUCGGAUAAUACCGUCUUCUUCCCUGAGAGGAAGCCCUCGCCGUAUAUGAAAAGGGCGGAUCAUGUUGGGGGCUGCUCUCCUUUACUUGGAAGAGGGGAUUCUUUCUGUUCCCUACAGUCCCAGCAUAGAAAGCACUCCAGUGAGUCUCAGCCUUCUUCUCCCCGUUACGCUUAUGAGCCUCCGCUUUAUGAAGAACCUCCCAUGGAAUACCAGUCCCCAAUCUAUGAUGAGCCCCCAAUGGAGAUGCAGUAUGAUGCCAGUGGGAAUUACAGAGUCAUGUCCCCACAGAAGUCACCUAUUCGCAAGCCACAUACAUAUCUGCAGUCUCCCAAGCAAUCUUCCAACUCUCCCUACCAGCAACUAGUCCUGACCAAACAGAAAUGCUCGGACAGGUUUAUGAGCCUGGAUUAUAGCCCUGCUGGAAAGGAAUAUGUGAGGCAACUUGUCUAUGUGGAACAGUCUGGCUCAAGCCCAAAGAUGAAAACAAGUGUAAGACAUAAAUACACCCCAAAUACAAUGGGGGGCUCUUACUCCUUGCAGCACAACCCUCCCUAUAUGAGGGAGCAGCGACUAGAGGUGAAAUCUGGAGAUUACAGUAGCAUGGAAGGUUCUGAUGUGCGACACAACCAGCCACAACAUCAUGGAGACGAUUCCAUGUCUUGGUCCAGUCAGCAGGACACCAUGUCUUCCACUGGAUACUCCCCAAACACAAGGAAAAGGAAAAGCAGAAAACCUUCAUUGUCCUUGGAACCCAAUACCGUUCCUUGUGAAGUGUCUGGAGAAAGGGAGACAUAUAGUGAGCAAGGAAUGGCUGAAGAAAGACCUUCAUCCAUGCCCAACAGACCUUUGAUGUGUAGGACAGAGAGCAGGUCAUCAGAAUCAGACAUGUGCCGCAAUUCCCCGGAAGCUUUCCUGGCCCAAGCCAGAUUAGCCUGGGAAGCUCAGCAAGCCCAUUUCCACAUGAAACAGAGGAGCAGCUGGGACUCACAGAAAGAUGGCUCUGGCUAUGAGAGUGAUGGUGCCGUGCCUUUGCCCAUGCCAGGCCCUGUUGUUAGAGCAUUCAGUGAGGACGAGGCACUUGCACAACAGGACAGCAAACACUGGAAGAGGAGUAACUUUGAGAAGCUGGGGUUCCCUCAGAUACUACUGGAGAAAAGUGUGUCAGUUCAGACCAACCUGGCAUCUCCUGAGCCAUAUUUGCACCCCUCUCAGUCUGAAGACCUUGGUGCCUGUGCUCAGUUUGAGAACAGCCGGAACAAUCGGAACAUGAUGCCAAGCUCCAGCUGUGUCUUCCCCACCUUCACCCUGAGGAAGCCUUCUUCUGAGACGGACAUUGAGAACUGGGCCUCAAAACAUUUCAACAAACACACCCAGGGGCUCUUCCGACGGAAAGUAUCGAUUGCCAACAUGUUGUCGUGGAGCAGCGAGUCCAUCAAGAAGCCCAUGAUCAUGACCUCAGACCGUAACGUCAAGAAGGAGGCCUGUGAGAUCUUUAAACUCAUCCAGAUGUAUAUGGGUGACCGAAGGUCCAAGUCCGACCAACUGAGCGUGGGGCUAGAGAUUGCCACCAAGGGCUGGAGCAUGCAGGGUCUGAGGGACGAGCUCUAUAUCCAGCUGUGCCGGCAGACCACUGAGAACUUUCGCUACGAGAGUCUGGCUCUGGGCUGGGAAUUAAUAACUAUUUGUCUGGCCUUUUUCCCUCCUACCCCAAAAUUUCACUCUUACCUGGAAGGAUAUAUUUAUAGGCACAUGGAUCCAGUGAAUGACACUAAAGUGAAUCUGCACAUUAAAGAUCUUCUGGAAAGGAACAAUAAGAAGAAAUGCAAAGUCCGAAAGAAAUCAAAGUCUUAUAUUGAAGAGCAUGAUGGGGUGGCAAUAAGCAUGUAUGCCAAGUACUGUUACCGCAAGCUGCAGAGAGCCGCCCUACUGGGAGCCAAAAAGGGCCUGAAUAAGCCAAAUAUUGAAGAGAUCAAACACGCCAGGAAUGCGGUGUUCAGCCCCUCCAUGUUCAGCAGUGGCCUGCAGGAUAUCAUGAGUAUGCAGAGGGACAAGUACCCCGACCGACAGCUGCCCUGGGUACAAACCCGCCUCUCCGAGGAGGUCUUGGCACUAAAUGGGGACCAGACAGAAGGCAUUUUCAGGGUCCCCGGGGAUAUUGAUGAAGUAAAUGCCCUGAAAUUGCAAGUGGAUCAGUGGAAAAUCCCUACGGGGCUGGAGGAUCCUCACGUUCCUGCUUCAUUACUCAAGUUGUGGUACCGAGAGCUGGAGGAGCCUCUUAUCCCCCAUGAGUUCUAUGAACAGUGUAUCACUCACUAUGAGACCCCCGAGGCUGCAAUCGCUGUGGUCCACUCCCUCCCCAGACUGAACAAGAUGGUGCUCUGCUACCUCAUCCGCUUCUUACAGGUAUUUGUGCAACCUGCUAAUGUGACUGUCACAAAGAUGGACGUCAGCAAUCUGGCCAUGGUGAUGGCGCCCAACUGCCUGCGAUGCCAGUCUGACGACCCCCGCAUCAUCUUCGAGAACACGCGGAAAGAGAUGUCCUUCAUCCGAGUCCUUAUUCAGCACCUCGACACCAGCUUCAUGGAGGGCGUCCUAUAGCAAAGCAAAGACUUGGCACCCUGGGACGAGGGCAUAGAGAGGAGGCGCUUACUCAUUGGCCAGUCUGGCUGCCCCCCACAUCUCAUCACUUGGUCACCCCCCCAUGUUACAGUAGAGACCAUCGGUGUUGUACAUCCAGGAAUACUCACCAUCUGCCUUGCCAUUUUGUACAGAAAUCAUGGAGUGACUGCUGAACCAAUGGCCUUUCUGCUUUUACUGCUGUGGCAAUAACCACCGGGAACCCAACUGAUUGGACUUCCCACCACAACUUGGACCAAAGUUCAGCCAAUGAGAUGGAGGAGUAAUCUGAGGGGAGAAUGAUAGAC